CACUGACCGAGCGAUCGCUGCUCACUUUAAUUGAUUACAAUUAAUUAAUUCACAAAAUAUGCGUGCGUACGUGGGUGCGGUGCAUACAAUAAUAAUAUCGUUUAGAACUAUGUACUCAAGUCAGUGAACAGAUCCAAUGGAGUAGACAGUUCAGCUGAUCGGUAACUAUAACUAUGGUCUUAUCAGUCAAGGAGAAUCGACACAGCCAAUAAAGAUUACAGCGUCAGUGCAUGGAGUCAUUAAACUGUGAUACUCGUAUACUCGUAUUAUUGUGAAAUUUGCUCACACCUUAGUGGGGAAUACUCUGAGACAAUGGCGCGAAUUAACAAACGCCUGCUUCCAAUAAAAGCACAUUUCUUCUUCUUCAUGGCGGCAAUGGGCCCAAUAUUGCCGCAGCUCUCUGUGAUAGGUAAACAAUUUGGUAUUCCACCUGACAUUAUGGGCUAUAUAACCGCUGUGUUGCCAAUUCUCUAUGUGUUAGCCAAGCCACUUGUUGGCUUUCUGGCCGACUAUUUUAUUAACCUGCGUAAAUUUAUAUUUAUGACAUUAAUUGUGAUUAUGACGCUGGCCUAUGCUGGAUUCUAUUUCUUGCCAAGUGCCCCACAUGCCAUCGAGCUGGAGGAAAGCAGCUCCAUUUGGACAGUGUCAUUGACAGAGGAGCCACCGCACUGUCCAUCAGAACUCUUCACCAACGCUGCAUAUUGCCAGGCGACUCAUCAGGCGGAAUGCAGUCAACAGAACUUCACUUUUCGCACGAUGAUUGUGGACCAAAAGUCUGUGGCUGGAUUGAAUUUAAGCCCAAAUCUACAGCAUGACAAUGACAGUUAUUAUGCGUGUCUCACGGAACUGGAAGAGACCAUUUCGUGGAGCAACAGUUCCGCCACGUGCCACCUUCAGCACAUUGGCAGUUGUGUCUAUGGCAGCGGCAAGUUUUGGCUGUUUGUCUGCAUGCUGUUCAUCGGAACGAUUGGCUUCAAUGUCACCAAUUCCAUCUCGGAUGCCUGCUGCUUUGACCUGCUCGGCGAGGAGGAGAGCAAAUACGGAGCACAGCGUGUUUGGGGCACUAUCGGAUUUGGCAGCACGGCGCUGCUAGCUGGCGUUAUUGUCAAUCUGUGGACCUCGGAUGCCAUCAAGAGUUUCACGCCCGCCUUGAUCAUUAUGUGUGUGUUUAGCGUGAUGGAUUUGUUCAGUGUCUCUAAGCUUAAGAUGCCCAAGCUUGGCGGGUCCGAAUCCAUUUGGCAGGAUGUGUGGCAACUGGUGCAACAGCCACCGAUUGUUACGUUCUUGGUGUUUGCUACUAUUGCGGGCAUCAUUGACUCCUUCAUCAUUUAUUUCAUGUUCUGGCAUGUGGAGGAAGUGGCAGCUGAGACGGGCUACAUGCAGGACAUCAAGCUGAUUGAAGGACUCGUGGUGGCCGCAGAGUGUCUGGCUGGUGAGGUGCCAUUCUUUUUCUACAGCGGGAAGAUCAUUAAGAAGCUGGGCUAUGUGCACUGCAUGAGCAUGUGCUUCUUUUUCUAUGCGGUGCGCUUGUCGCUCAUCUCCUGGAUACCCAAUCCCUGGUAUCUGGUUGGCGUGGAACUCUUCUUUCAGGGCAUUACCUAUGCCCUCUGCUAUACAUGCAUCGUGGCCUAUGCCUCGGCUGUGGCGCCGCCCGGCACCUCGGCAACUGUGCAGGGACUCAUGGCGGGCAUGGAUGAUGGCUUGGGCUUCUCGAUUGGCUCGCUCAUCGGUGGAAUUAUGUUUAAGCGUCUGGGAGGUCGUGAGAGUUUCAAGUACUUUGCCAUAGCUGCCAUCUGCACCUGUGUGGCACAUAUUGUCCUGCGUCCCAUGUCCAGGAAGCGACAGUAUUUGCCCAAAAGUGGCUAUCAAUUGCCUGCGGAUCAGCCAACAACGAAUCCAUCAUCGCCACAGCUGGAGGAGUUGCCCAAAGUGUUCUAGUUUUAGACUUUUGUUUUAUAUUGCACAUGUUUUUAUACAACUUUUAAUACAAUUGAAGAAUAACUUGCUGCCAAGUUGAAUGACA